GUCGGUCACCCGGAAGCGGCGGGAACAUCACCUGCACGCGCCGGGCGGCUCCGGUCCCUCUGGUUUCACGCAUUUCAAGUAAAGGCCGGUUUCUUCGACGGUGGGUUCGAGCAGGAGAAGGUCGCGGCCAUGGAGGGGAGUGCUUGCGGCGUGGCUCUGCUGUGUGCGGUGUUGUCCAGUGUUGGUGCCCUCCAAGUAAACAUCCCGCAGGAGGUAUAUGAGGUUGCCCGGGGCGACAACAUCACACUGCCCUGCGAAUUUAAAACCACCAAUCCAACCUCCAAACUAGUCGUCAUCUCGUGGUCUGCUUCGAAUGCCGUGAUUCUCACCUACUACACUGCUAUAGGAGUGGACAUCAAGGCAAUGUAUGAAGGUCGGUUGUCCGUGGACAUAGACGUCCCCGCUGGAAAGGCCCACCUCAAACUGUCUUCCGUCACGCUAGCAGAUAACAAGGUGUUUGAGUGUCGAGUCCAGAUCCCCGGUGAUGAUGAGGGCAAGCCGGCCGACACUGCACGUCUGGUGGUUCUGGUGGCUCCGUCUAAGCCCGUCUGUAGUAUCCAGGGUAAGGCAGAGUAUGGCCAGAACGUCAACCUGACCUGUCUUUCUGCGGAGGGCUCCCCACCACCCACUUAUAAGUGGGAUAGUCGUGACGUACGGAACAUGCCUCGAGUCGCAGCCCCCAGAACCACUGACAAGGGUGGUGUCCUGUCUCUUUACAACAUCUCCAAAGAUUCUUCAGGAUUCUACACUUGCACCUCAAGCAACAAGAUCCGCUCCGCUGCAUGCAACAUCACCCUUAAAGUCAUGCCACCUUCCAUGAACUUUGGAUCCACUGCAGGAAUCAUUGGAGGAGUUGUCCUUCUCCUGAUCAUACUCAUCAUCGUCAUCUUUUGCUGCUGCCGCCACAGGAAGAAGAAGAAAGAGGAGGAAUACGCCAUGGGAGUCCGCGGGGAAGAGUUCCACGACAAAGAGCCGUCUCAAAAUGGCGAGAGUCGCCAAGCUGAUGGGCAGGAAGACCCACCCGGUGAUCGCAGUGACCGCCAUGAGGAACGGAGCGAGCGCGGCUACGACGAUCGGCGCAGCGACUACGGCGAUCGGCGCAGCGACUACGACGAUCGGCGCAGCGACUACGACGAUCGGCGUAGCGACUACCACGACCGCCGGAGCAACUACGAUGAUCGCCGCAGUGACGUCGACGUCACUGCGGCGGUCGAUGACCGCCGUGACAGGUACAGUGAUCGCAAUGAGCGCUACGACGACGAACGGCGCUACAAUGACCGCAGAGACCGCCGCAAUGAUGACGACGACCGCUAUGAUGAGCCCUAUGACGAUCGUGAUCGUGACAGACCACCCGUGCCAAGCAAUAAACCACCGAGGAGGGACUAUGACGAGUAAGGACUCUCUACUAACCACUGUCUUCUACCUUCUACUUCACACUCCCGAUGUGACCUAAUUGGCUCAAACAACAUUUUGCCUCAGUAGACCAAGCUAUGACAUAGUUGGCUAAAAAAUUUUUUAAACAUAAUCUGCUAUCAUAUGUUUGAGAAGUUGAACAGUUUUAGUUUGGGUUGUUUAUCACGGUAACAUACCUUAAGUGUGACUUGAAGCAGGAGACUUAGACGAUCAGUUGGUGAAGGAAACGGAACAAAAACAGUGUCCAAAAAACCCACAUGAUAAGUUUUUAACAGGGAGUGGGGUGGGUGGGUGGGGUCAACAGUUACAAUCACUCUAGUGAAAGGCGCAGUAAGCGAUUUUAAACCAGUACAUGUUUUGUAAAAAUCUAAUAACGCUACGACUCAGGGGUAAAAUCAUAAAUAAAAACAAACAGACAAACAAGCUUUUUUCCAAAAUCGCUUACUGUCGUUCUGAGGGGUGAACACAACCCAGGGCAAAAAUUUGUACCUUUGUUGUGUAGCACAACUCACAUGCAAAUAUUGGGAACCGAACAGGCAUUUCACAGAUUCCCCCAGAUCCAAAUUAUUUUUUGUAGAAUAUACCACACAAGUGUGUAAAUUCAAGUUGACGCAGCUCAGUCCUGUUCCAAAGUGGAGACACAAAAAUUCUGUGAGACAAAGAUGUUGCCUGAUCUGUGGAAGAAAAAUGUGUACUUCAGACAUCAUGUGGAACUAUAAGCUUUAAACUUAAUGUGAUAAAAAAGGAUGCAAGGCCUUAUGACUGUACAUGUUUGUCUAUGUUUAGGAUGGCUUCCGCUGUUGGGUGUAACUGGUGGUAGUUACUGGGUUUUUUUUAGGAAUCUACCAUCACACAUAAGAAAAGGGCUUCGGUUUUGUGUCAUUCUUAAUGCAUAUUAGAAUAACUUUUGAAUGCUGAGUUAGAUAUUCUCAAUUCUUGAACAGAAACCACCAGUCUUCUUGUUCGUUCUACUGAGUUACUUUCUCAGAUUUUUUAAAUCUAUUUUUAAACCAUAAUAUUAUAGAAACUAGAAUGUCUGUUGAUUUUCUUUUUGUAAAUAAAGACAAAAUGAUAGUUUUAAUGUC